GCGGCUCCACCGCCAUUUCCCUCCCUGGCCGGGGGUCGGCGGGCGCUGGCGGCGGCGGGGCAGGGCUGGGCGGGGCCGCGGACGCCGGGCCCCCCGAUCCCCGCCCGGCUGCAGGCGCCGGGCCUGGGCCAGCCGGACAGCUGCGACCCGAGCGCUCUCCGGGCGGCGAGCUGGGGGUGCGCCCGGACCCCCGGCCCCGGGAUCAUGGGGAAUGGCAUGACCAAGGUACUUCCUGGACUCUACCUCGGAAACUUCAUCGAUGCCAAAGACUUGGAUCAGCUGGGCCGGAAUAAGAUCACACAUAUCAUCUCCAUCCAUGAGUCACCCCAGCCUCUGCUGCAGGACAUAACCUACCUUCGCAUCCCAGUGGCUGACACCCCUGAAGUCCCCAUCAAAAAGCACUUCAAAGAAUGUAUCAACUUCAUCCACUGUUGCCGCCUCAAUGGGGGGAACUGCCUUGUGCACUGCUUUGCAGGCAUCUCCCGCAGCACCACUGUCGUGACCGCAUAUGUGAUGACUGUGACUGGGCUAGGCUGGCGGGAAGUGCUUGAAGCUAUCAAGUCCUCCAGGCCCAUCGCCAACCCUAACCCAGGAUUUAGGCAGCAGCUUGAAGAGUUUGGGUGGGGCAAUUCUCGGAAGCUCCGCCGGCUGCUGGAGGAGCGCUUCGGAGAGAGCCCUUUCCACGACGAGGAGGAGGUGCGCGCGCUCCUGCCGCUGUGCAAGCGCUGCCGGCAAGGCCCGGCGACCUCGGCCUCCACCACGUCGCACUCCACUGCCUCCGAGGGAACCCUGCAGCGCCUGGUGCAGCGCGCGCCCCGGGAAACCCACCGGCCGCUGCCGCUGCUGGCGCGCGUCAAGCAGACUUUCUCUUGCCUCCCGCGGUGCCUGGCCCGCAAAGGCGGCAAGUGAGGAUCCCGCCCUAGUGCGGAUCCCACCCCGCUGUGGCUCCCCUCUCCCUCCCCACUGAUCCCCUUGGGGGUGGUCUGGGCCUCCCACGGCCUCCAGGACGGGCCCAGGGCCUGUGGGAGUCCUGCAGCGGCCCUGCCCCCCUGCCUGCCUUGCUUGUCUGCAUCUGCAGUCAGUGUGUCCUCCACGUUUGUGUCUCUGUUUUUGAGCUGGCCUGCUGCAGCCACCUGGUGCCUUAGUCCUCGGGCUGGGUGAGGGGGCACCCGGGUCUCUGCCCCUUAAAGGCAGCGGGAGUGGGAGUGGGUGGGUGGGGGUUGGGUGGGCCUGGAAGAUAUUAAAGAGACACAGAAG